AUGCGAGUCGCUCCGUCCGACCCGCUUGCAAAGCAAACAUUCGGGGCUGACGCCAUGAUGCGGCGCAACUGCUUCUACGAACUGAACUGGCGACAACGUCUGACCUUUCGUCUCAUCUCAUCGACCGACGUGCCGACGACCACAACGUUGAACGAACGAGUGUCGAAAGAAGUGUGGACGGACGGGACGCAGGAAAUUACGUUUGAAAUCGAUCCCUCUCCACUUGAGCGGAAGAAUGUGUUCUACGUUCUUCCGUUCUAG